AUGUCCUCCCGUCGCCCAUACAACAACAAUCGCCGCCCAGUCGUCGUCGACAACAACACCGAACCCAACACUAGCUCGCCAUCAAGCCCCACCGGCAGCAGUGCAGGCCCCAAAACCGUCCGAUUCGCGCCAACGUGCGAGAAUGAAAGUUCUCGCCCCCUUACCUCCCUCGAAGCCUGGAGCCUCUACAACUUCGAAAUCCACCUGCGACAAUGCAUGCCCUGCACGCGCAUGAUGCGAUUCUGCGAAAUCGGCUUCGGACUCUUCCAGGACGUGGCCUGUCACGUCUUUUUCCACGACGGGGAAAUCUGGUCUAUGAAAAAAGACCGGACACACAACAAAUUUGUCCGCGUUGAAGUUCCUCGGGGGUAUACAUAUCUUCGAAGAUUUCUCUUGCUUCGCUCGAUGACGCCGCCGACGAUACCGCCGGCGGUGGUGAUGGAUCGAGAACGUGAACGAGAGCUACUGAUGCGGCGAUCAACAACACCCCAACUUCCCUCUGCGCACCACCCACCGAGUCCUCCUACUGGGAGGAGACGUGCUGUAUCAUCAUCAUCUGACAAGGACAUGUACUUCGAACCCCAUGAUGAUUAUUAUUACUCAACAUAUCGCUUUCCAACGCCAACAUCAACACCAACACCAAGAUAUCCUCGCUACGCAACUCCUACUCCUACAACUCCCCCCUUUGCUCCUCCUGUGCAGGAUGAUCAUGGCUAUAGUAAUAAUCAUCAUGACUUUCCUGCUGCUGCUGCUGUUGGGAAGAGGCGGCCCGUGUCGAUGCCGUACCCAUCGAGAGAACGGCAGCGAUGCGGCGGCCCGUUGUAUUAUUAUUGA